GCAACAUUGGCUUUGGAUUAUCUUCUUGCCGUAGUAUGGGACGUGCAUCUUCAUCCUGGACAGGUUCUACAAUACUUGAUGGAACUGAUGGUCUGCCUUGCAUCUACAAAUGUGCGGCUGGCCGGGUUGUUUGGGUUUCUUGAGUGACAGCCUUGGGAGACUACGAACCAUACGUCAUGGCCCCAGAGCUGAGUGUGAGACAGCCCACCCAGACAUGUGCUCCGUUCCGUGGGUCACGACCAGACGUCCAAGCUCUGCGGAUUGGAGCAAACAUGGAUAUCACGGGUUCCUUUUCCUUUUUCUUCUUCUUUCUUUUCUGGUCAACGCGUCCUCGGACACUUUCGCACUGAUAUGGAUGAUCGUGAAAUUAUUCCAAGAGACCCGCGUGCGUACCCCAGAACGUAUGCUCCAGGGCAAUAUCCUGGUGAUAAUCACGAGAUGGUUUUUGACGACGAGCCCCUUCGUCGUUUUGGUACAAGCUCUAUUCUGUUUAUGCUCUCAAAGCUCCUUUGUCCCCAGGCGUAUUUCCAAUUUGGCUGUGAGAAAACUUUGACACUGUCUUGCCCACCGCGAGUUUCCUGCGACUGUAAUCUUGACAUGUCGCAAUUGAAACUUGCUUGCCACGUCGCACACCACGAAACAGGCCCUCAAAGUGAGCAUCUGUUUGAGAGAGCUAUGUCGUGUCGUGCAACUGAAUAUGUUGCAGACGGUACGGGACA